UCCUUAAAUGCAUGUGUUUGUAUUCUGAUAUAUAUAUACCGAAUUCACAAUAUCAUCAGCUGCGAUACAUGUGGUUGAUGGCCAAAGCACCCAAAUAAAUCAGACAACAUUUGGUCAUGAAUUCAAUCAAAUUGUUGUAAUCAUCAAGGGCAAGUAGGGCACCUGACUGAUGAUGAUGAAUUCGGCUGCUUUCUGUUGCCAGAAUGACUGAUUACCACAUAUCUAAAUUUAGUGCAGCUUAUUUCAUCAAGCAGUUUGGUGAAGUGAUUCAAUCACAAGAGGCAAUCCCAUGUGAACAUCAAAUGACCUAUGUUCCUAAGUGGACCUGAACCACCUUUCUCAAAUCCAUUAAAUUUUCUUCAACUACCUAACAUUUCAUACUUACAAAAAAAAAAAAAAAACCAAAUUUGCCAUCCAUCCUGGUAUAGUAUAUAUAUGUGUACCCACUCAAAGUUUAGAGCAUAACCCAAACCCAGAAAAAUUAUCAAAUCUACAAACUCCAGCUUCAUUCUUUCAGUCUAUCGAUCUGUGAGAUUUUGUACCCUUUUUUUUGUAUAUCCAAAUUCACAUAAUGGCUAUCCUUCUGCCUCGUGUUCUUCAAGCUAAGCAACUCUUGAAGCGGGCUAAUUCCUUCGGAUCCAACAAUACUGCUUCAUCAGUAGAUAUUCCAAAGGGUUACUGCACGGUUUAUGUGGGAGAAAGUGAUGAGAAGCGAAGAUACGUGAUUCCCAUUGCUUACCUAAACCAGCCUUCAUUCCAGGAAUUGUUGAGCCAAGCGGAAGAAGAAUUUGGUUACGAUCAUCCAAUGGGGGGUUUGACAAUCCCUUGCAGAGAAGACAUCUUCCUUGAUCUUACUUCUCGGCUUUGUAGAAAUUAAACGUAUGAGUUCACUAGUUUUGAGACAGUGAACCAAAAUUUUGUAACUUAAUAAUUUUGUAGAGAAAAACAAAGCAGAUUUGACUGAUGUACAUAAAAGUCAAUACCUCCUGCUUAGGCAGAGUUUACAUAUUUGAAGUUAUCGACUUAGCUUACCAUUUUUUUGCAUAUUUCUUGGAACAAUAUAUUUGAAUAUUAUUGUUGCGGUUUGACAUGAAAUUCGAAUAUUGCACCUCUUUAGGCGAUGGUAUUUCCUCGAGGAAUCGAUAAUUACUACAAUGAAUAAAGAGUUAAAGACCUACAAUGAAUAUCGUAACACUAUAGGUAUAUGAAGUUUAACUUAAAAAAUUAACAAGAAAAAAUGAGAGAAAAGGAAGCAAGGGACGAGAUGGCAAACUUAACCAAUUGUCCCGCCCAUAGAGCUGCCUACAAUUCAGCGAGGGGAUUAGUUACAGUUGUCGACCGUGGUAUUUUCUUAAUCGUUCAGUCUUAUUACUUAAGCCCAGAAACCCAAUGACUGUAAAUAAUACAGGGGCAGGGGCAUGAACAUAAUAUUAACUUGGGAAGCUGUUAAGCGCUCUAAUUUUUUCAUUUGAACGCCCUAAAAAAUUAUAUUUUGACCAUUUUGUCCUUAUUAUUAUUAUUUUUUUUAAAAAAAUACACUGGUAAAGGACAUUUGCG